AUGUCCAAAGUCAACUAUCCGGAAGAAUUCGCAGGGUUUGCCAUUGUCGACACCAAAGAGUGGAACAAACCAAAGUACACCACUUACAAGCCUAAGGAGUUUGGUGACUACGACAUUGACAUUGAAAUUGAAUGUUGUGGCCUUUGUGGUUCUGAUAUCAUGACCGCCAAAGGUGGCGAUCAUGGAUGGGGUUCAAUCACUUUACCACAAGUCGUUGGUCACGAAAUCAUUGGUAAGGUCAUUAAAGCAGGCCCUAAAGUCAGUCUUCACAAACUCGGAGACAGAGUCGGUUUAGGAGCACAAGCUUUCGCUUGUCUUGACUGUAACAGGUGUAAACACGGAAACGAACAGUACUGUCCCCACACCGUCACCACCUACGAUGGUGUGUAUCCUGACGGGUAUGUUUCUCAGGGUGGUUACGCAUCCCACGUGCGUGCACAUGAGUACAUGUGUUUCCCUAUUCCUGAAAAGUUAGACUCGAUUCACGCAGCCUCCCUAUGUUGCGCAGGUUUGACCGUGUUCUCUCCACUCAAGAGAUACAUUCCAAAGAACCUUCCAGAGGGUCAAGUUCCAAAAGUGGCCAUUGUCGGACUUGGAGGUUUGGGCCACUUAGCUGUCCAAUUCUGUAAGGCAUUAGGUGCAGAGCCUUACGUUUUCUCAAGAACAGAUAACAAAAAGGAACAAUCUUUCGAAUUAGGUGCAACUGGUUUUGUCACAACUGGUACUGAAGGGUGGGAAAAGCCGUUUUUUGACCAGUUUGAUUUGAUUUUGAACUGUGCCAUCGGUCUUUCAGGUCUGAAUAUAGACGCCUUCUUGUCCAUCUUGAAAGUGGAAGGUAGAUUUUGCUCCGUUGGUUUACCUGCCGUGGAUGAAAAAUAUAACGUAUCUCCUUUUACUUUUUUUGGCAAUGGCUCGUGCUUGUGCUCCUCUGCCCUAGGUUCUAGGGAGGAAGCCGUUGAAUUAUUCCAGAUGGCUGCAGAAAACAAUAUCGUUCCUUGGGUCGAAACUGUCCCAAUUUCAGAAGAAAACUGUCAGACCGCAUUGACCAGAGCAUGGGAUGGAGAUGUCAGAUAUAGAUUUGUCUUUACUGAGUUUGAUAAAGCGUUCGGAACCAACGGUGGAAAAUAA